AUGGAACACAAGGGACCUGAGAUAAGGAUGGUCCACAAAGAAGUCGCCCAAGCUGUCAACUCCUCCCUCGACCUGCGUCUUGAAAAAGACUCAAACCAGUGCCCGCUCGGCUACUACAGACUUCCUGAAAUGGAAAGCUGUGAUCAGUGGCUGGCCUGCGACGACAUAGAAGAAAGGAUCGUCGUGACGCAUACCAAUCUUGGAAAUGGACUUGGAAAAAGCUUCUCCAAAGCUACACUUGACGGCGUGCCAGUCGCCUUCAUCCGAACCCGCGAAGACAAGCUAACAUCUGAAAAGAUCGUCAAUCGCGUUCGUCUUGGAUUCGAAAAUUUGAAAAUGCUGCAGCCCCAUCCGCGCAUUACCCAACUCAUCGGAUACUGCCUCGCUGGAAACACGACCGUCAUGAUCACUGAGCUCGGACAGUACGGCGAUCUCCGCCAGUUCUUGCUCAGCUCAGAAUACAAAGAGUUUACGCUCUUGCAGCGUUUCGACACUGCUCUACAGGUUGUCGAAGCGCUCGAAUACGUCCACGAAUCUCCCGGUGGAAGCCGCAUCAACUGCGACAUGAACACCGUCGGCCAGGCCCUGGCCCAGUUCAUCGUCCUCAGCGACUUCCGAGUCGUCCUCAACGACGUCGACGACCUGCCAGCCGGUGACUCGAAGACAAACCAAAAAUCGCAAUGCGUUGUUGGUCGAUCGAACAUUAAUGCCACAGCGGAUCACUCCUUCGAAGCUCCUGAGCGACGCUGGCCGUGGCCCGGCAAGUUGCCGAAGCAGAUCGAUCCCGCCGAGUUGCGCGCUGUACUCAAAGGGAAAGUGGAAGACUACACCGGAAACAUCGAACUAAAGAAAGGCUCUCAGAAGUGA